GUUCGUGGUGAGAAGCAAUCGCAGGUGGAUCAGCGCUGUGCAGAGUGAACAAGUGCGCCAGAGAGUCUCAAAAAGACGCACAAAAACCAGGAAUUUCACAGAACAACACUUCACAGCGGCGCGCGCCAAUAGAAGGAAUCGGAAAAAUGGAGGAGAAUCACGCAAACAAUUGACUCUAUGUGGAUAGCAUUGAGAAGAGUGUGCAAUUCUGUCCCCACCCGUUUCUCCCGCCACGCCGUGCGCGCAUUUCGCUAAUCACCGGCAUUUCUAUCGCCAGAUGCAGAAUCGGAGGUGCAGCAGUUCUACGGCGGCAGGAGCAUCUUCAUGACCGGAGGCACGGGCUUCUUGGGCAAAAUCAUCAUGGAGAAACUCCUUCGCACCUGUCGCAUUGACACAAUAUACUUGCUGAUCCGGGACAAGAAGGGGAAAAAUAUCCACACACGCGUCGAGGAGCUGCUGGAUGAUGUUGUGUACGAUCGGCUGCGCCAGCAGCAGCCAAAGUUUCGCUAUCGUGUUCAUCCUAUUGCCGGUGAUUGCUCACUGCCGGGCCUCGGCAUCUCUGCUCAAGACAGAGCCUUGCUGAUGGCCAAUGUGCACAUUGUCUUUCACGUGGCUGCCACAGUUCGCUUCGACGAGAAGCUCAACAUUGCCAUGGGCAUCAAUGUGAACGGCACGCGUGAGGUGCUGACACUCUGUCGAGAGAUCAAAAAUCUCGUGUCUGCAGUGCACGUGAGCACAGCCUAUGCCAACUGCAAUAGGCCCGACAUUGACGAGAGAUUCUACCCUCAUCGCUUGUCCGCCGUAAAAGCGCUGCAGCUUUAUGAGGCACUCGACGAGAGCACACUGGAAGGUGUUGGAGAGAAGCUAUCUCGCGGGUGGCCCAAUACAUAUACCUUCACGAAAGCCCUGGCAGAGGACCUCAUUAAGACGGAGGGAAAGGAUCUGCCGAUAGCCAUUGUCAGGCCAGCAGUUGUCUUGCCCACUGCUCACGAGCCUGUAAUCGGAUGGAUUGACAACAUGUACGGACCCACAGGGAUGGUGGUAGGCGUCGGAGCGGGCCUGAUCCACGUGUGUCACGUGCACAAGGACAACAAUGCCGAACUGGUUCCAGUUGACAUGUGCGUAAAUGCUAUCCUGGUUAGCGCCUGGGACAGAGUCACUCAUCAACACCCGGAAACACCCAUUCUAAACUUCGUCACGACGCCUGGCAAUAAGUUCCGCUGGCGACAGUACAUUGACUACGCCUGGAAGCAUGGAUCGCAGGUGCCCACGAUGAAAAGUAUUUGGUACACGGCGUUCACCGUCACAGACUCCAAGAUGUGGUUUGCGAUAUUGUGGUUCUUCUAUCACACUAUCCCGGCCGUGUGCAUGGAUCUGUGUCUGCGCCUCGUAGGCAAGCGACCUAGGAUGGUUGAUAUCUACAAGAAGAUCAAGAAAUACUGCGACGUUAUCUUCUUCUUCACCCACAUGAAGUUCACUUUCUCCAACGCCAACACGGAGGCUCUAUGGUCGAGACUGGGAGAGCGCGAUCGCGAAAUAUUCUUCUUCGACAUGGCCUCACUGGAUUGGGACACGUACAUGAACAGCACCGUGAUGGGGAUCAGACAGUACCUCAUGAAAGAGUCUCCAGACACCAUUCCAGCUGCCAAACGCCGCCUGAAUCGUUUCAAACUGAUGCACUACACUAUCGUAUACACUAUUUAUGCCAUUUUUGGCUACUUGAUCGUCAUGCUGUUUGCCAAGAUUCUCCUGCCUGCUUAAUAUGUUCCUGAGCGCCCCAACUAACCCGCGGAAUAAAGGCAUCCUGGUGAAGUGAAGAGAGCGGUGUUUAAUUUGCAUACUCGCGGGUC